AUACCGGAAACUUGCACUAAAGUGGCAUCCAGAUAAAAAUCCUGAGAAUAAAGAAGAAGCAGAGAGAAAAUUCAAACAAGUAGCUGAGGCAUAUGAGGUGUUAUCAGAUGCUAAAAAACGGGACAUCUAUGACAAGUAUGGCAAAGAAGGCUUAAAUGGUGGAGGUGGAGGUGGAAGUCAUUUUGACAGUCCAUUUGAGUUUGGCUUCACAUUCCGGAACCCAGAUGAUGUCUUCAGGGACUUUUUUGGUGGAAGGGACCCAUUUUCCUUCGACUUCUUUGAAGAUACAUUUGAAGACUUUUUUGGGAACCGAAGAGGUCCCCGAGGAAGCAGAAACCGAGGUGCAGGCUCAUUUUUCUCCGCUUUCAGUGGAUUUCCAACAUUUGGAGGUGGAUUUUCUGCAUUUGAUACAGGAUUUACUUCAUUUGGGUCACUAGGUCAUGGUGGCCUUACUUCAUUCUCUUCUACAUCAUUUGGUGGCAGCGGGAUGAGUAACUUCAAAUCAAUAUCAACUUCUACCAAAAUAGUAAAUGGGAGAAAAAUCACUACAAAAAGAAUCGUCGAGAAUGGUCAAGAAAGAGUAGAAGUUGAAGAAGACGGCCAGUUAAAGUCCUUAACGAUAAAUGGUGUGGCUGAUGAGAACGCCCUUGUGGAAGAGCGCCUGCGGAGAGGCCAGCCUGCCCUGCCCGCCCAGCACGCCAGCACCCGCCCUCAGAAGUCCUGCCGCCCCACACAGAUGGCCAGGCCUGCGCCACAGCAUAGCAUCUGGGAGCAAGAGGAGGAGCAGGACAAACCACGGGUCCCCAGCACCUGGGACACGCCCAUGAGCUCAGCAGGGUUCAAAGAAGGUGGCAAGAGGAAGAAGCAGAAGCAGAGAGAGGAGUCGAAGAAGAAGAAGUCGACCAAAGGGAACCACUAGGCUGGACUGGCCCUGCAGCCGCGCACAGCCUCGCUCGCAUGGCCGGGCACGCGCUAGGUAGCAGCACUCGCGGUGCUGUCCCAGGGCCACCUUGCUUAGCAGGAUUACGACGUGCGCUCACAGAUCGGUAGGAUCAGGGGCACUGGAGAUGGGGUGACAUCACGGGUGGUCUUGACUUUCUGACUCUGCUUUUCCUCAGCACUAAAUCUGUGAGCGUUUUUCUCUAGAAUUAUGAAGGGUCUGUCUCAUUCUUUCCAGCUGUUCAGCCACCACACCAGCUACUGAGGUGUUCGUAACUGUAGAAGGCUACGUAUGAGGUGCUGCUGGGAACCCGGUGUUCAUGACACACACGGCCUCCUUUCCUGGUGGCUCGGGGCUUGGAGUUAGGAUGUAGUUAAGUGCAGCAGAACUUGAAGAUAAUGUACACUGCACCUGAAACCGUGGCUGGCAGGGUACUUUUUGUUCAGAGCAAUUUGCCACACAUAGCAGACCCUCACAAGUCACUUGAGAUGUAAGACCAUUUCUAGUAUUUAUUGUUCCAGUUUAAAUCCUUUCCAGGUAGUCCAAAUUUGACUCCAAAUAUUUAGUGUUUGCUACAUCUCAUUUUUUCUGCUUGGGCCCACAGUUGUUCUUUUAAGCAAGAAGGUUUGCUCAGCAGUGCCACCUCAGCUUCUGUGGCUCAGGGUCUUGCUGGGAGAACAGACUGGGUUACUUACCUGUCUGCGUGCGUGCACACACAGAUGCAAUCAGUCAGCUUUGAGCACGAAGCUUGUGCUGAAAUUUCAGUUUGCAGACUUUGGUCCCUGACACAUUUUCUUCUAUCUAGACUCUGCCUAGCCUCCUGUACCUGUUCCGUUUGCUCGAUGCUUGGCCGCCUAACCUGGCUUUUAUGAGCACCAAGGAGACCUGGUGUUGCCCAACUUGCCUGGAUGUUCCUCCCAGGACAUGCCCUUCCCUUUUAACACGAGGACCUGCUUUUCCUUGUCCUCUUGGAAGCGAGCAUUGCCAUGGCCUCAAGAUGCCAGCAGUGUAGUCCAGCCUUGUGGAGACCAGGAGCAUUCUGGUGCGAGCCAUGCAGUAGUGUCCAGGUUGGGCCAGGAGCAAGUGUCCCUUGUGGUUUAAAGUGAGGUUGCAGAGGAGUUUGCUGUGUGUGGUUUUGGGGGAGUGGCGUGGGCGGUUGGGUGGAGAAGAGAUCGGUAUUUAAUGCUUAAUUGUAGAAAUGUGACCCUGAAGGCACACUGUAUUUUAAUGGUACCUACAUAAAUAAAACAUGGACACACGGACA